AUGAUCGUCGCGUACCCUACCAAGUGGACUUCCAAGUUACCAGCGCUUUCAGAUCUUCCAAAGGACAUCAGUGGUGUGCAACAGGUCGUGAUCGAUGUUGGCAAUGAUAAUUUCGGCGACAUCCUCCCCAAGGAGCAUGCACAGUUCAUUGAUAGACUCAAGAAUGCUGGAAAGCGCUCUGCUGGUGACGAGGAUGGCAGUGAUGGAGAGAAUCGUUCUAAAACGCCGAGAAUUAAGAGCUGA